CGUUAAGUUGAACGUUGCACCCCGAUUUUUCGUAGCCUACUGAACGCAGCACUGGUCCAUAAUGACAUGUUCGCUGCCGUUACACUAAAAAAACAGUACCUAUAGGCGGACGAACAGCAAGGGAGCCAUGAUUCCUGUGACGGAGUUCCGGCAGUUCUCAGAGCAGCAGCCACAGUUCCGGGUUCUGAAGCCCUGGUGGGAUGUGUUCACAGACUACCUCUCUGUGGUCAUGUUAAUGAUCGGAGUGUUCGGAUGCACCCUACAGGUGAGGCAGGACAAAAUCAUCUGCCUUCCCCAAAAAAUGACCAUCUACAACCAAACAAUACUCUUACCAAAUAAAACUGCUGUGCAGCCGGAUGUGCACGAGAUGAUGGGCCGGAAAACUAACCUGGACUUCCAGCAGUAUAGCUUCAUCAACCAGAUGUGCUAUGAGAAAGCUCUGCACUGGUACGCCAAGUACUUCCCUUACCUAGUCCUCAUACACACCCUCAUCUUCAUGGUGUGUAGCAAUUUCUGGUUCAAGUUCCCAGGCUCCAGCUCUAAGAUAGAGCAUUUCAUCUCCAUCUUGGGAAAGUGCUUUGACUCCCCCUGGACUACUAGAGCUCUGUCUGAGGUGUCUGGAGAGAACCCAGAGGAGAAGGACAUCAAGAAGAGUAGGGCGAUCCUCAAUGUGUCUGUAGAGGGGAACCUGGACAACCUGGAGAAGACCCAGUCCCUCAAAUCCAUUCCAGAGAAGAUCGUAGUGGACAAGCCCACAGCCAGCGCCCUGGAUAAGAAGGAAGGAGAACAGGCCAAAGCUCUAUUUGAGAAGGUGAAGAAGUUCCGCCUGCACGUAGAAGAGGGGGACAUCCUCUAUGUUAUGUAUGUUCGCCAGACUGUUCUCAAAGUGUUCAAGUUCCUCCUCAUCAUCGCAUAUAACAGUGCUUUAGUCUCUGAGGUGCAGAUCACAGUGAAGUGCAGUGUGGACAUACAGGACAUGACGGGAUAUAAGCAUUUCUCCUGUAAUCACACCAUGGCCCACCUGUUCUCUAAGUUGUCGUACUGUUACCUGUGCUUCGUGGCUGUGUACGGAUUCACCUGCCUCUACACUUCCUAUUGGCUCUUCUACCGCUCACUGAAGGAGUACUCCUUUGAAUACGUGAGGCAAGAAACGGGAAUCGAUGACAUCCCAGACGUGAAGAAUGACUUCGCCUUCAUGCUGCACAUGAUCGACCAGUAUGAUCCACUGUAUUCUAAGAGGUUCGCAGUGUUCCUGUCUGAGGUCAGCGAGAACAAACUGAAACAGCUGAACCUGAACCAUGAAUGGACGCCAGAUAAGCUGCGUCAGAGACUGCUGACCAACCACAAUGACAGACUGGAGCUGCAGCUGUUCAUGCUGUCUGGGCUCCCAGACACCAUCUUCGAGGUGACAGAGCUCCAAUCCCUGAAGCUAGAGAUCAUCAACAAUGUAACCAUCCCAGCUUCCAUCGCCCAGCUGGAAAACCUCCAGGAGCUGUCUCUGUAUCAGUGUUGCUUAAAGAUCCACACCACAGCCACUUCCUUCCUCAAGGAGAAACUCAAGGUGCUCAGGGUAAAGUUUGAUGACAGCAGGGAGCUGCCUCAUUGGCUGUACCACCUGCGGAAUCUAGAGGAACUCUACCUCAUUGGCUCACUGAGUCCUGACGCUUCGAAGAAUGUGGGUCUGGAGUCCCUGAGGGAGCUGAAGCAUCUGAAGACACUCUCGCUCAAAAGUAACUUUACAAAGAUCCCCCAGUCCAUCGUAGAUGUGUCCAGCCACCUGCAGAGGCUGUACAUCUACAAUGAUGGCACCAAGCUGGUGAUGCUCAACAACCUGAAGAAAAUGGUGAACUUGACUGAAUUGGAGCUGGUCCACUGUGACCUGGAACGCAUCCCACAUGCUGUCUUUAGCCUCACGAACCUACAGGAGUUGGACCUGAAGGAAAACAACCUGCGCUCCAUUGAGGAGAUAGUCAGCUGCCAGCACCUCCACAAGCUGACGUGCCUGAAACUCUGGCACAACAGUAUCUGCUACAUCCCUGAGCACAUCAAGAAGCUGGGCAGCCUGGAGCGCCUCUACUUCAGUCACAACAAGAUAGAGAUAUUGUCCCCGCACCUGUUCUUAUGCAACAAGCUUCGUUACCUGGACCUGUCCAACAACGACAUCCGGUUCAUUCCGCCGGAGAUUGGCGUCCUACAGAGUCUUCAGUAUUUCUCUGUCACGUGCAACAAAAUCGAGAACCUCCCAGACGAGCUCUUCUUUUGCAAGAAGCUCAAAACCCUCAAGCUGGGCAAGAAUAUGCUGUCUUUGCUCUCACCAAAGAUCUCAUACCUGGUUCUAUUGACACACCUGGAACUGAAGGGCAACCAUUUUGAGCUCCUGCCUCCAGAGCUGCGGUUCUGCCGGGCGUUGAAGCGUGGCGGCCUAGUGGUGGAGGACGUCCUGUUUGAAACCUUGCCUUCAGAUAUCAGAGACAAAAUGAAGGCUGAGUGAAAUGCUUUACAGUAUCUAUGCAAAAGGCCCUGCCAUACACUAGCUUCCUGUCCAGGGGUGUACUUGUACAUCAAGCUGCCUUACAUAAACAGGAGAUUGGCUUCUGCCAUAUGGGCCAUUCUGGCUUGGACAAGCCAAUUUACAUGUCUGUGCAAAAAUAAAAUGCCAAUCUUGUCUUAAUCUGACAAUCAUAGUCGACCAAAAUGGUAGAUUUUACUGUAUACUUAGCUCAUCAUGAUCAAACUCUAAACACUAUACCCUCAGUUCGUAAUGGGGAACAGUUAUGAUAUUCAUUAAUGUAUGUUUUGAGUAUUAUGUCUAAGUGUUGCUAUAUAACAGAAGGAAAUAUGGCUUUAUGUUGUAAUUUAAUGGUUCUUAACAAUAUAAUUAGUCACAGGCAAUGUAUACUUAGCCCUGGUACCAGCCUAUUUGUGCCAGAUGACAACAAAUGCCCACUUUCAUUGAAGCCACGGAAGUUCAUGGCUGACUGCGGUUUUGCAGGCAUUGAAAGCAAAAAACAGGAUCCUCAUUAUAGUGAAUGAAAAAGUGUAAAUCUUCGUGGUCAAUGCGCUAUUGCAUCUUCACAUAGGAAUGAAUGGUGUCAUGUGAUGGAUGUCUUUGUCCAUUCAUAUAUACAGUCAUUGAUUUGUGCUAACAUUCGACUGCUUGUACUUGGAAUGUUUUGCAUGACAUGGAGUGGCAAGGAGUGGAAUGAUAGCAUAAACAGAUAUGGGACCAAGCUAAGGUAUACUGUCCAUCAGAUGAUAUCAAUUACUAGAUUGCUUGUUCUUGUAUUUAUUACACUGUAAUGUGUUGUGCAGUUUGUCUAGCACGCUUCAUUCAACAUAAACUGGAUGGAUUGCAGGCUUAUAAUCAGAAAAAUAGAAUGCAUACUAGAAUGGAAAUUGUUAAGAAUUCUCUAGUCUGUGGGGUAAAAGUGGAGAGAAGCAUUCAAGGCAGUUGUGUCCUCUAGCCAUCUCUAUGGUCACUUGAGGACAGAUGGCAUUCAUGACAGGUGUGCCCUCUAACCAGCUCUAUGGCCAGGUACAAAAACUGGCAGGUUUGAGGGCACCUCCUUUCUAUUCCGGCAGAGAAGCGAAACAUCCCACACCCACAUUUUUCCUGAUCUAGGCAGGGCCACUCUGGUCUACUUAUUGCCCUCACCCUGCAGGAAGGGGUGCCCCAGAGACUGUAGGGAAAGGAGAUAUCUCACUGGCUUUUUUGGGUGGGGGGUCGGGGAGGGUGUAGCUAGUGGGAUAGGGGACAAUAAGUAGACCAGCGACAGCUGUUCCCUCUCAUGUGAGCAUGCCAGAUAUUAUAGAGGCAGUGAGCUCACACUGGAAAGCAUGCUUAAAGUAUUUUUAGCAUAUUUGAGCAUAUUAGCGUAUGUGCUACCGUGCAUCUGCUGGUAUAGUGUGAAUAUCUUUUGAAUGCAUCAAUGUUAACAGUGUAUUUUACCAUUAAUUGUACAACAAAGCAUAUUUAGAGAAAACAUUUUUUUAAAUUGAAAGAUAUAUAUAUCGGGAAUCACCCACAAGUUUUUUAAAAAUCGAGAUAUAAUUUUUAGGCCAUGCCCAGCCCUAAUUUCAAGUAGUAGAAGAAGAAAAUGUACUACUUCAAAAUGGAGAUACCCUCAAUGGCGCAGCCCAUAGUCCACUCUUCAGUACAUGACACACUCACAUCAGGCAAGGAUGCACAGGAUUCUUGGAGGCAGAAAGACCCCAUUGUCAACUGCGUCCGUUUUUGUUUAUAAGUAAUAUCUAGAUUUACGUCUAAACAAAAACCCUACUUUGGGUUCUUGUAUGCUUACAAUGUUGUUUUGAUUAUUGCAUGAACAGUCGUUAAGAUUAUAUUUGUUUGUGACCUUUGCAAAAAUACCUAUUUGGAUCCAGCAGUUGUUAGCUAGAAUGCUAACACCCAUUUUACUGGUUGAAGUUGAGCUUUUUAAGUAUAAUACAGUUUUUACAUUAUAUUAAGCAAGACAUUCAUACGAGUCUUAAAAUCAAAUUUGAAUCCUAAAGUAGUCUGAAAUGUACUCAUAACAACAUGUAAAUGGAGCCUUCUUUUGCUGGUGCGCUAUGAGAACUCCCCCGUGUUCUGCAACCAAUAUAAUAAAUGGUUAUAUUUUUCCUUUUGGAAAUGUUUUUUUUUGCAUAUCCCAACUCCCCCUGAUACACCCUCGGAGAGUGGGGUCAUGGCCAUUAUCAACGGUGACCCUGGCACAAUUCGGGUUAAGUGCCUUGCUCAAGGGCACAUCCACAGAUUUUUUUCACUUUCUAGGUUCGGUUACCCUUGUGCAGCAAUGUUUGCAAACGCAGAAAGGAGUCUGUUCUCUCACAGACGACAUAAUGGGAUAUCUACAAUGUUUCGUCCUCUAACUAUCUCUAUGGUACCAACACCAAGUCACGUAACCAUUUUGAUUAAUUUAUCUGUUGUUUCUGUUACAUGUAGUUGCUAAUUGACUCACCUUAAAUCACUGUACACACCUUUUGAGCAUUUGUUUAUAUUAUGCUAAUUAAGGCCUCUUUUUUGUGGCUAUUGCAUUGCUGCUUGAAAUCUUUUCGUGAGCUUUAUAUUGUUUGAUUGCCUGCCAUAUGCUAUCCUAUGUAGCCACCGCUAGCUUGCUCUAGCUUUUGUCUUCUAUGCCACAUGCUAUUGCAGCCUCUUGGCCAUGAGAUUUGUUGCAUUGCUGCACUAAUUAUGUAUAACUUUACUCAUUUACAUUGUAUUUGUAUAUUGUCAUUGCAUUGAUAUUCAUAUUAUACAAGUUAACAGCCACAUAAUUAUGCACAUUAUUGCGUGUUAUUAUUUGUACCUUUUUACUUUUGUAGAUAAACCACACAUACCUACCUACCAGUAACUCGAGAUCUCGGGGCUAUAAGAUUCCGUCAUUUUGGUUCAAAUAAACUCAGCAAAAAAAGAAACGUC